AUGGCCAUCGGUAUCUUCACCAAACCCUCUGCACUUGGCGUCAGCCACAGCACAAUCCCCAACGUGGGUCCCUGCCAGCAAAAUCGUUUCGACGAACUCGUGAUGCGACUCAAGGAUGCCCUUGGUCCAUCAUCGGGAUUGACUUCUGAUGAUGUUGACGUUGACUUCCUUCAACAACUGAUGGAAGGAUAUGACGGAUCUGACAACAUGUGGAAGCCUUAUGCCUUCGGUGAUCGCAGUAAGGGAUAUACCCGUAAUCUCGUUGACGAAGGCAACGGCAAGAGUAAUUUGCUUGUUCUCGUAUGGUCUCCUGGAAAGGGGUCCCCUAUCCAUGACCACGGCAACGCCCACUGCUUGAUGAAGAUUCUGAAGGGCAACCUCACCGAGACUCGAUACGCAUUUCCGAACGAGGAUGAACAAGCUAAACCAAUGGAUAUCAUUGGGGAAAGAACAUAUAAGGAAAACUCCGUCGCAUAUAUGGCAGACGAACUAGGUCUGCAUCGUGUAUCCAACAGGGGCAGCGACUUUGCUGUAUCCCUCCACUUGUACACCCCCCCCAACGUAGCUAAAAAAGGAUGUCAUAUCUUCGACGAGAAGACAGGACGGAAGAGCCAUGUGCCAGGUUGUCACUACUACUCGGCUUAUGGGCGGCUGCUGAAGGAGUAG